GUAAACCAUCAAAGAUUUUUGAUAAUUUAUCCACAUGUAGUGUCCAAGACAGUCAGCCACAGGUGUGUGAUUGGCUUCAGAAAGAUGACAAACCUGUUCACUUCUUCAAAUUAGGACCUCUCUUCCCUGCAGAAUCAGCGAAAGACCUAAUGGAGGUUAGAAGUCAGGAAAAGGAAGAAUUGUUGAAGAAGUUAAAUGCAGAGUGUCAGGAGCGGACAACAGAAAACCUUACAUUAAGGCAACAUAUCCUGGAAGGGCAGAUAUUCAGUGAGGAUGCAUUCAGAGACAAUGACAAGAAGGUAAACUGCUUCACAGGGCUUCCAGGAUUUUUAACUUUGAUGACUGUGUUUGACUUUGUGAAAGAUUACAUUCCAGAUAGCGGCCGUGUGACAUUCUCAAAGUUUCAGAGAUUUAUUAUGACUCUGAUGAAACUGCGACUUACACUCUCCCUUCAGUUUCUUGGAUAUAUCUUCAAUAUCUCACAGCCCACCGCAUCAAGGACAUUCCUAACUGUAUUGGACGUUUUAUACAUUAGACUGCGAGAGUUUGUUUACUGGCCAGAGAGAGAGGAACUGAGACUUUCAAUGCCCAUGGAAUUCAGGAAGCAUUUUGGCUUGAAAGUCGCUGUUAUCAUUGAUUGUUUUGAAAUCUUUAUUGAGCGGCCUUCAAAUCUUCUUGCAAGAGCAAAGACAUGGUCUUCGUAUAAACACCAUAAUACUGUAAAAAUAUUAAUUGGAAUAGCCCCUCAAGGAUGUAUAACCUAUCUGUCAAAUGCUUGGGGAGGACGCAGUAGUGACAAGUAUAUUGUGGAAAACAGUGGCUUUUUAAAGAAACUUCUUCCAGGAGAUAUCGUACUUGCUGACCGUGGUUUCGACAUUCAGGAAAGUGUCGGUGUAAUGUGUGCGGAGGUUAAAAUACCAAGUUUUACUAAAGGAAAGAGCCAGUUGUCAGCACUUGAGGUAGAAUCCACAAGAAACAUUGCACAUGUCCGCAUUCAUGUGGAACGCGUGAUUGGACUGGUUAGGAACAAGUUUACAAUUCUUUCAGAUACUUUACCUGUAGACUAUUUGAUUGCGCGCACAGGAGAUGUUCCAGCUGUAGACAAAAUUGUUACUGUUUGCUGUAGUUUGACCAACUUGUGUGGUUCUAUUGUGAAUUUUGAUUGA